GGACCACUUCCUGGACCUAAACCGGUCCCCCGGCGCCCCCUGGUGGAUCAGACUGGCACGACGCUCAUAAAACACUAACAUCAUGGCGGCCACAACAAGACUCAUUUCAAGGUUGGCGCUGGUCACAGGAGGGGGCAGCGGGAUCGGCCGCGCGGUGUGUCAGCGAUUCGCCUCUGAGGGCGCGCUGGUGGUGGUGGCGGACCUGAACGAGGAGGCGGCCAAUGAGACGCUGCGCAGCCUGUCACGUGACCACAAAGUACAAGAACACAUGUCGGCGGCGGUGGACGUCUCGUCCAAGCAGAGCGUUGAGAGCUUGGUGGAGAGCAUACAGCGCCGCUACUUCCAGCCAGCGUCAGUGUGCGUGAACGCGGCGGGAAUCACGCAGGACGACUUCCUGUUGCGGCUGGAGGAGGCGGCCUUCGACCGCGUGGUCGGCGUGAACCUCAAGGGGACCUUCCUGGUCGUUCAGGCCGUUGCCGCGGCGAUGGUGGCCAGCGGAGUAUCCAAAGGUUCCAUCGUUACCGUGGGCAGCAUCGUCGGCAAGGUGGGCAACAUUGGGCAGGUUAACUACUCGGCGUCCAAGGCAGGUGUGGAGGGAAUCACCAGAACAGCCGCCAAAGAACUCAGCAGGUACAGGAUCCGGUGUAACUGCGUCCUGCCGGGGUUCAUCUCCACCCCCAUGACUGACAAGGUCCCGGAGCGAGUGAUCCACAAGAUGACAUCGCUGGUGCCCCUGGGGAGGAUGGGCGAGCCGGCCGAGGUUGCAGAUGUUUGUUCCUUCCUGGCGUCGGACGACUCUCGCUACAUCACGGGCGCCAGCAUCGAGGUCACCGGAGGGCUUUUCAUGGGCUAGAGACGGCGUCGCCAUGGAUACACAGAACCCCUCAUUGGACGAGCCAGCUGUCAAUCACGACGGCAGCGGGUGCCUUUUGGACUGUGGACGGCGGACAUCUUUAAUUAAUUAUUAAUUCUGAAGAAAUCAACUUGAUUGCCUGUUUUUUUUGUAAUUAUUACAUUUGUAAAUGCUGUAUAUUUGUGAACGAUCCUGUAAUAAAUUACAAUUGGUAUAAAAACA